CGGCCGCACUGCGCCGCCCCGCUCCCCGAGGCCGCAGGCCCUUUAAGCGGGACGGCGUGGGCGCAGCGCUCCAAGGAACCGGGUUGUGGUUGGCCAGGCGGCGUCUCGGAAGGGUGGUGCGAUUGGCGGAGGCGCCGGGCCUCGGCAGCACCGGCACGCGGGAUUGGCCGCGGCUGUCGCCGCCCGCUUAGUCGGCAGUCGCCGGCCAGGGGCGGUGAGGGGUCGCGGGACCACGGGCCGUCGCUCCGAGGAACAUGGCGGCGGCAGGCCUAGCGCAGAUCCCCGAUGUGGACAUUGACCCGGAGGGAGUCUUCAAGUACGUGCUGAUUCGAGUCCACCCGGCGCCGCCCUCCGGCGCCCCGGCUGGGGAGUGCAAAGAGAUCGUGCGCGGAUACAAGUGGGCCGAGUACCACGCUGACAUCUAUGACAAGGUGUCCAGUGAGCUGCAGAAGAACGGCUUUGACUGCGAGUGCCUGGGCGGCGGGCGCAUCUCCCACCAGAGCCAGGACAGGAAGAUCCACGUGUACGGCUACUCCAUGGGGUACGGUCGUGCCCAGCACUCUGUUUCAACUGAGAAGAUCAAAGCCAAGUACCCUGACUACGAGGUCACCUGGGCAGAUGACGGUUACUGAUGGCCAGCGCCCAGCAGUCAGGACAGGACUCUACCUGCCCAGGGUUGCUUCUGAGGGGCUGCCCAGCUCUUUGCUUCUGCAGCCCUUGGCAGUGUGCCACCUCACCAGGCCUCGGAGCCCGGGUCAACAUGGCCCGUGGGAAUUAAAAGCCUUACUGCACCUGCUCA